CGACAACCCCCUACGCCGUGCGCCAAAGUUAUCACUUAAACUACUCCCAACCUCCAUGCAGACUUUGUCAUCAAAAACUACCAGAGCUUUUAGGAAAACGCUGCAAAGAAUUAAGUAACCUUUGCGCACUUGAGAGUUAAGGGACACCCUCCUCCCUCUGUACACACACAGUGUACCUUUUUCUCAGCAGUCCUGUUUCGCUCAUGCUCCCCUCCGUGCUACAUCAGAACUGUAGAAUGCAGUCGUCUUUGCCAGGAACAGUACCUCGAAUGAUGCGACCAGCGCCUGGACAAAACUAUCCCCGCACUGGCUUCCCUUUGGAAGUGUCAACUCCCCUGGGUCAAGGUCGGGUAAACCAACUCGGUGGAGUGUUCAUCAACGGAAGACCACUGCCAAAUCAUAUCCGACACAAGAUAGUGGAGAUGGCCCACCACGGUAUCCGUCCCUGCGUGAUCUCUCGACAGCUACGAGUUUCCCAUGGUUGCGUGUCCAAAAUUCUUUGUCGGUAUCAAGAAACGGGAUCAAUCCGACCCGGGGCAAUAGGAGGAAGCAAACCCAGACAGGUAGCAACGCCCGAUGUGGAGAAACGGAUUGAGGAGUACAAGCGCGAGAAUCCCGGCAUGUUCAGCUGGGAGAUCCGAGACAAGCUGCUGAAGGACGGGGUGUGUGACAGAAGCACAGUUCCUUCAGGUGAGGCCUCAUCUGUGAGUUCCAUUAGUCGUGUUCUGAGAGCUCGAUUUGGGAAGAAAGAUGAUGAAGAAGAUUGUGAUAAAAAAGAUGAAGAUGGGGAGAAGAAAACUAAACACAGCAUCGAUGGCAUUCUUGGCGAUAAAGGUAGCCGUAUGGACGAAGGCUCAGAUGUGGAGUCGGAGCCGGACCUUCCCCUGAAGAGGAAACAGAGGCGCAGUCGCACCACUUUCACGGCCGAACAGCUGGAGGAGCUGGAGAAGGCCUUUGAGAGGACACACUAUCCCGACAUCUACACCAGAGAAGAGCUGGCCCAGAGGACCAAGCUCACAGAGGCCCGUGUACAGGUGUGGUUCAGCAACCGACGGGCCAGGUGGCGUAAGCAAGCGGGAGCCAAUCAGCUGGCGGCGUUCAAUCACCUGUUGCCGGGCGGAUUCCCAGGCAGCGGCAUGCCCACGCUACCCACCUACCAGCUCCAAGAUUCCGGCUACCCCACAACCACACUAUCACAAGACGUUAGUGGCACGGUUCACCGCCCUCAGCCAUUACCACCGUCCACCAUGCACCAGGGAGGGCUGUCGGGCGGGGACGGCGGCUCGGCCUAUGGCCUGUCGUCCAACCGUCAUGGCUUCUCCAGCUACUCCGACUCCUUCAUGAGCCCCUCGGCACCCAGUAACCACAUGAACCCCGUCAGCAACGGCCUCUCCCCACAGGUGAUGAGCAUCCUGAGUAACCCCAGCGGCGUGCCAUCACAGUCCCAGCAUGACUUCUCCAUCUCGCCCCUCCACGGCAGCCUGGAGUCGUCCAACUCCAUCUCGGCCAGCUGCAGCCAGCGCUCCUCAGACCAGUCCAUCAAGACGGUGGACAGCAUGGCCUCCUCCCAGUCCUACUGCCCUCCCACCUACAGCACCACCAGCUACAGUGUGGACCCUGUUACCGCCGGCUACCAGUACAGCCAAUACGGACAGACUGCUGUGGACUACCUGGCGAAGAACGUGAGCCUGUCCAGCCAGCGGAGGAUGAAGCUGGGAGACCACUCAGCUGUUCUGGGACUACUCCAGGUGGAAACGGGACAGGCCUACUAGAUUGGUGGCACUCUACUGUCCCCCAUCUCCCCCACACUAGCCCCUUGACCUGCCACCGGCGCCUCUCCCUCACCCCUAUCUCUCUCACCGUCACCUCCAUCACCAACGGGAGAGCCAGAAGUGUGUGUGUGUGUGUGUGUGUGUGUGCAGACGUGUUUCUGUGUUUGUGUGUGUUUGUGGGAGAGAGACUAGACAGAAGAUGAAAGCACUUGUAGUCUCGAAGAGAGAAAUUGACUGAAAUUGAAGCAGCCAUUCCAGGAGGAGGAGCAGGGAGCUGUAGCUACAGUCUCUUUCCACUGUUCAACCAUUUCACAAUUCCUCCUCUCAUCCUCAACCAAGAGACCCUUACAGGGCUAUGGAGAGCUAGAGGGGAAUGAGCUCCUACUGUCUUGGGCCCAUAUUUAAAUGGCCUGCCCGACCUACGCUACCAAAAGUUAGCACAUGCAGGCCGAACAAGUGUAGCUUAUCUUUCAUUCCCAAGUUUUUGGACCAUGUCAUUUGUUACGGUACUUAGCUACUGGUGUUAUAAUUCUAUUUGUCAUUAUAACUGUGGCUGUUCCUAUUGCUGUUCAAAAUUAUAAUUAUUGUUACAAUGUUGUUUACUUUCCAUUUUGUCAAAGAUUUCAUUGGCGUUUGCUGGUAUUAUUUGAACAGAUGAUUUAGAGGAGCUUACAGAGAAAGAAUGGAGGGGGGAGAAAGAGAGAGAGAAAGAGAGGGAGGAGGGGCUUACUGAGAAAGAAGGGAGGGGGGAGAAAGAGAGGGAGAAGGUUGAGAAGGUCUGAUAGCAGCUUGCUACUGAAGUCUCUCAUGUCAUGGAUUUUGACCUUCCCACUCUAAUCUCGUGCCCGACAUUUCUAAAGGAACUUAAAGGCUACUCUGUGGGACGUUGAGCUCCUCAGAAUCAUCUGGGAAUGAACGGCCAAUGGGAAACUCCUAAUUCCAGAGGUCCGCUUCACCCAGCCUCCCCCAGGCAUUGAUUGGCUACAGGGACCAGAGGAUUGUUUUGAGGGGAAGAAAAUGUUCAAUGUUCAAGGACAUCCAUGUGUUUAGCUAAUGCUAGGUCAAUCAUUACUUGCCAUUACCAUUCCGAGGUUGUUUGGAGGUCUUUUCAUGGGUAGUGGCGGUUUUAGUGUGUCAUACUUAAUGUAUGUAUGUCUUACAAAAUUAUGACCAAUAUAUUUGCAUUAUUUCUCUCUAAAACAAGAGUGGUGCAGCAUUCCAAAAUCACAAAGUACUUGAACUAUGGAAUUUCAUUGUAUUUUUUAUUCUACAUUAUUUUGUUGAAAACCAUUCCAAGAUAUGACAAUUUGUAUUGAAUAUUUGUGCCAUACAAACUGUUUUAUUAUCUGUAUCUCACAUUAUGCAUCCCAGAAAAUGACUCUAAGCUCUUAAAAGGUAUAGUAUUCACAUCAGUCUGAUAUAAUAUGAAAUAGCCCCCCAAUACAUAACAGAUGUAAAAUAAAACGUAAAUAUUAAAACUGUAGAAUCUGAGCAUAUUGGAACCAACCGUAUUCUGGUUAAGUAAAAAAAACAGUGAAUAUUACAUUCAAAAUCUGAUUGUGUAUGGGUUGUUUAUAUGAAAACAUGUGUUGUACUAAAACAUAUCAAUGAUGAUUAUGAGGUUGAUGAGGAUGAUGGUUGAGAAGACAUUGAUGGUUGAGUGAAUGCUGCAUCUCUUGAAGUCUUACAAUGUAUAUUUGUGUUACAUUCCUGAAUAUUUGUUUGUUUCAUUUUCUCCUUUUACUAUGUUGUAUUGAUGUAAAAAAAAAAAAAAAAAAUACAGAUUGUAUUUUA